AUGGAUUCCAACAGCCUCGCAAAUCGCCUCGGACCACAGGCUGGUGGACAGGGCGCACCGGGUCGUGGUGGCGCUCGUGGCGGCCGAGGUGGCCGCGGACGCGGUGGCGCUCGUGGACGCGGCGGUCGCGGACGGGGACGAGGCGGCAGCGCUGCAACCCAGCAGAACGUCGACCAGGCCAACGCCGCCAGCACCAGCACCGUCGCCACGCCCGAUGAUACCCCCCUCCCCUCCGGUGCUGCUACACCCACCUGGACGCCCAAGUCCAUCGCUCCGGGCACCGACGCGGCCGUCUACUUGACCGACAACAAGUUCGCCGACCUCAAGGGCCAGAUCGACAACCGCCUCCUCUCGGCCAUCCCCUUCCCCACCAUGUCCGCCGUCCAGGCCGCCACCCUCUCCACCGCCCUUUCCGGCAGGGACGUGCUCGCCCAGGCAAAGACCGGCACCGGCAAGACGCUCGCCUUCCUCAUCCCCUCGAUCCACAAGCUGUGCGCGCUCCCCACCCCGCCACCCCAGUCGUCCAUCUCGGUGCUCGUGCUCUCUCCCACGCGCGAGCUCGCCCUCCAGAUCGAAAAGGAGGCGCACAUGCUGCUCGCCAACCUGCAGGGCACCUUUGGCGUACAGCACGUCGUCGGCGGAACGAACAUCGGCGCAGAGCGCAAGAGGCUCCAGCGCGACCGCAAGGAUCUCCUCAUCGCCACGCCAGGCCGUCUGCUCGACCACCUUUCCAGCGACGCGCCCGGCCUCGAUCUGCGCAAGGCCUGCCAGAACCUCAAGGCCUGCCAGAACCUCAAGGUGCUCGUGCUCGACGAGGCCGACCGCAUGCUCGACAUGGGCUUCCGCAACGAGCUCGAAAAGAUCCUCAAGAUGCUUCCCGACCCAGUGGCAAGCCAGCGUCAGUCGCUCUUCUUCUCGGCCACCAUCCCGUCGUUUGUGCACGACGUCGCCAAGCUGCGUCCGGACCACGCAUUCAUCUCGACCCUCACCGAGCAGGACACCAACACGCACGAGCACGUGCCGCAGGAGUCGUACGUCUGCUCGCUCCGCGAAUGCCUUCCGCGCGCGCUUCAGGUCGUGCUGGCCGAAGCGGUGCGAUACCCGGCCAACCACAAGAUACUCGUCUUCCUGCCCACCGCCCGCUCCACCUCGUUGGCCGCCGCGGUGUUUUCGCAGCUCAGGGGUCUGGCUGGCUCGCCCUACGCCAAGCUGGGGCAGGUGUUUGAGAUCCACUCGCGCAAGUCGCAGGCGGUGCGCACCAAGACCAUGGAGACCUUUCAGUCGAGUGCUUCGGGCAUUCUGUUUUCCUCGGACGUCACGGCGCGCGGCAUCGAUAUCCCCGGCAUCUCGCUCGUGCUGCAGCUGGGCCUGCCGAGCAAUCUCGAGCAGUACAUCCACCGACUCGGUCGAACCGCGCGUGCAGGCAAGGAGGGUCGCGGAGUGCUCAUCCUCGCCGACUUUGAGCGCUUCUUCCUCGGCCAGAACGACGUGAAGCGUCUGCCGAUCACGCAGCUCAACGUGCGUGCGGUCGAGGCCGAGAGCGGCGUGGCGCUUGGCGAGGUCGCCCAGCAUGUGGACAGGGUGAUGCAGGGCAUCGAUGCUACAACCAGGAGCCAGGCAUACCAAGCACACCUCGGAUUCUACAAGGGCUACCUCAAGCAGCUCAGGUGGAAGCCCGAGGAGCUCAUCGAUGCCACCAACGACUAUGCCAAGGAUAUCCUGCAGUGGCCCGCACAGCAGGAUGGCUCCUGGGUCGGUCCUCCUCUGCUCCAAAAGACUGUCAGCCUGAUGGGUCUCAAGGGCAAGCGCGGUCUGCACAUCGUCAAAGAGCUCCCCGGAAAGCCUAACGGAGCCGGUCAGAAGAGACAGGGUAAUGGCAACCAUGUAGCUGCCCAGAGCAACCGCUCGGACGCAGAGCACAAGCUCAUCAAGCGUUCGCCCAAGACGGUUGUGCACCAUCACUACCACCAUUCCCCCGCCCCCGCUCCUGCUCCUGCUCCCGCUUCCGGAGGAGGGGGAAUGUUCGGUGGCGGUGCGGUCAAGAACAUUGCUGCCGGUACAGUGUUGGCUGGAACCGGCGCUUUUGCAGGCACCAUCGGCGCUACUGAAGCUAAGCGUCUCCUCGGCAGUGAUGACCAUGACCGCGACAACAACGAUGGCAACAAGCAUCAGGCGAGGGAGAAAGACGACCAGCAGAACACUCAGCCCCAACCUCAGCCCCAGCCUCAGGGUCAGCCUCAGGGUCAGCAGGUACAGCCUCAGGCACAGACCCAGCAGGUACCUGCUAACGUCGCUGCGGGUCAGACCAACAGACAUGCUUAUCCCGUCGCGAUUCUGAUGUCCGAUGGCUCGUACGAGCCUCUGCCCUCCCAGCUCGCAGCUCAGAGCGCCAACACGGCAGACGCCCGAGCCACGGCCGGACAGCAAGAUCGUAGCCCCCUCUACGACGUAGACACCUCUCCUCCCCAGCCCAGGUACCAGGCUGCUGAUGCCCAGCCGCAGUAUCCGAACUACGCUGCUCCUGGCGCCGGUGCUGGCGCUGGAUGGGGAGCGGGUGCUGGCGCUGGCGCUGCCCCUAGCGCUGACACAGGUGGCUUCGUUUUCCCUCCCUCCAACUAG